AAGCACUCUUGUUAACAGACAUGCGAAGAACAUGCUCAAAAUAUUCCUAUUUGACGAUAUCACCAACCCUGACUCUGGUCUCACUUUUCUUCACGCUAGCGUAUUUAAUUUUUCGGAUCUACAGGACACAGUUUGAUUCCCGUGUGUGAGGCUACGCCGCCGCUACCAACAAUGGCGGACAGUGAGCGGCGCGCAAAGCGCUCUCGUUUUGAUCAAACAGAAGCAGAGCCUCGACGACAGUCAAGAUUUGACCGACGCUCGCGAUCCCCAUCUGCCCGAAAUUCCGACUCCACGCGGGAACGAAGUCCACUGAGCCGGGAACCGCGAAGCCCUGGAAACGACGACAAGCGGAAGUCCGCAGCUCCAGAUCCAACUGCUGCCGCAGCUGCCGCUGCUGCAAAGAUAAAUGCUGAGCUUCAAGCCAAGAAAGGAUAUCAGCACAUGAACGUGCCGCCAGUCCGUUCUACUGCUAGUCCAGCGGCAAAGUCUGCUUCUCCAGGUGCGGAAGGCGCACGCAACGUUAAUGGAGAAGUUUACAUGGCGGAUGGAGACUACAUCAAAGAUAUUGAAGUCAACGAUCUCCGAAACCGCUACACACUGACUAAGGGUGCAACCCAGAGGAUGAUUAAAGAAGAAACUGGCGCCGAUGUCACAACCCGAGGAAGCUAUUUCCCUGAUAAAAGCAUGGCUACGGCUGCGAAUCCCCCGCUUUAUCUUCAUGUAACGAGCACCACCAAAGAAGGCCUUGACAAGGCAGUUGCCAAAAUAGAGGAAUUGAUGAAGCAAGAACUGCCCAACCUCGUUGACGAGCGGAGGUUCCGCCGCAGAGAGCCAGAGCAGCAAGUGGAGCGGGAUGAAUACGGUCGACGCAAAUGGCCGGAGGAACGGAUCCCUGUGGAUCUAGAGCCUAUCCCAGGUUUUAAUCUUCGUGCUCAGGUAGUUGGCCAAGGCGGUGCAUAUGUUAAACACAUCCAGCAGGAGACGCGUUGCCGUGUUCAGAUCAAGGGGCGUGGCUCUGGUUUUACAGAACAUAGCACAGGAAGAGAAAGUGAUGAACCUAUGUAUUUACAUGUAGCUGGCCCGGAUCCGAAGGAAGUCCAAAACGCCAAAGCGCUUUGCGAGGACCUCCUCGCUAACGUGAGGGAGCAAUAUGAGAGGUUUAAGGAACAGCCACCACCCCCACAACGGUCAUACAGUGGAGGUGGUCACCAUGGUGGCGGGUAUGGACAGCGCGACCGUUCCCAUUAUGGCGGUGGGAGUUAUGGGGGAGGCGGUGGCAAUUAUGGAAGCUACUCGUCUCCCCAGACACCCAUGAGCCCUUCUGCCAAUGCCACACCUGGCGCUGAUGCCGGCGCGACAGCUCAAGCCGCACCGGCGGCUGGUCAGUCUCUAGCCGACUACAGCCGCAUGUACUCCCAAUAUAUGUCUGGCCAAGAUCCAUACGCAGCGUGGGGAGGCUAUCAAAAUUAUGUCGCGUACUACCAGCAGUAUUAUCAGCAACAGCAGCAGCAGCAAGCGCCGCCACCGCCACCUCCACAAAGCUCUGCUCCUCCUCCACCGCCUCCACCAGCUUCUGAGGCUCCUCCACCGCCACCACCUCCAGGAGCUGGUUCACCACCUCCACCGCCGCCACCAUCAUCUGGGGGAUACAAUGCUGUCCCCCCUCCUCCCGGCCUAUAAAUGUCCACUUUUGCUGGAAAUUCGCAGACUACGCUUUGUGUCAUAGUGAUAUCUGGACAUGAUGCAAUUUUCCCUCCCUAGUGUAAUCCAAAUUCCUAACCAUUCGUUUUCAGGCAAAGACUGCCCUUCGUUACACAGUCAACUUUAGCCCCGUUCCUCUUUCCAAAAUUUACUACAUACUCGUCGCACCGUACUAGUUUCAAUCAGUUGUCUAUUUUGUCCCUUUUUCACCCUGUUGUUUCCCCAACAUUGCCUUAGUUUUAAAUGUUUUGCAAUAUUUUGCGUUGAAAGGUUUCCUCCUUCUAUUUCAUAGCAUAUUCUCCAAAUAGCACAAUUCCCUGUCGAGUUAUUCUAUCUACCUACUAUAAUAGUAAAUAAAUACGUCUUCCCCCUUCAUACUCAAGGUAGCUAUCGGGGGGAGCGGUGGGGACGGAGAGUUCUUAUGAGUACCCCGGAUCUUCUCGUACUCCGUACUGUCUACCCGUUUCUGAUACUUCUGAAUGGUUUACAAUGCGCCAUUUCUGCUCUGUGGGUUUCCAUAUGUGUGUUGGGAUUACUUUUUGAAUUGGGUCUCCUGUAUAAUCUCAAAUAUUUUCUUCCUCUCUAACCGUUUCCUUUAAAAUGAGCAAGAAUGAGCACAUACUUUCUUCAAUUACUUCCUCUCUUUCUUUUUGACACAUGUUAUUCCGCAAAGUACUUCCGAGUCCCGUGCUCCACGCCCUUGGAUAAAUUGAUCAAAGCUAGCGUUUCCGCUUUUGUGGUUUGCCCAACGCCUUCUCCAAAGUAUUCCAACACCAUAGAUAAUUUAGUGGUAAUAUAUACAAACUACAUCAUAACAUCAUCGAAAUUGAGCUAGAGCAAAACUUCUCCAAAAAGAGAAACGUCCGCCUCUUCAAUAACGCCUGCCAGCAUAAACCGAUGCCGUAAUCCACCAUACCCAGAAGAAACCAAUAAACACCAACAGACAGUCCCGUUCUCACCUAUUACCGUUUCUAUCUAUCAGACUAGCCGUACGAAAUCCCAUGAAAUCAUCCAUCGGUAUAGGCGCUGGCGGGAAAUUCUCAUAAUCUUCCAGUGAAGUUUCAGACGCACUGCUCAGUUUUUUCCGGCGCGUCAACACUUCACGACCUUCCUUGCAGAAAUCACAAGCAAAAUCACACGUUGACGUGAUGGAUGUGUUAGUAUAAACCUGCGUCGGUUGCCCGAUCCCUGAAUCGGCUUGUGGGUCGCGCUCGUCGAAAAAUUCGCGAAUCACUUCAUGUCUGCACCGCGUGGUUGUCUCGCAGUACUUGACCACUCUUUUAAAACUCUCGAAGAGUGCUUGCUGAUUGCGUACCUUGGCUGCGAUGUUUGAUGCCGAGUGGCUGCGCUUUUUACUUGCUGGAUUGUUGUUUCCCUGCAGCGCAGCAUCGAAGUGCCAUUCUUGAUCUCGGUUGAUACGAUCCAAUACGCGAUCACGUUCCUGGGGGCUGUAGUAUAUGAGAGACACGGCUGCCCGGCCAUCACGCCCUGCCCGGCCGGAUUCUUGGACAAAUCCUUCAAAACUGCGGGGUGGGGUCCAAUGUAUGACGAAACGGACGUGAGGGUUAUCGAUCCCCAUCCCGAAAGCGUUGGUGGCGACAACGAUGUAAAAUGAUGGCGGCUUGGAAUUCUCUCCUGAUUUGUCCUUGGUUGAUGUAGAUAUUUUACUUGGCGAGCUCCAUAGUGAUUGAAUUCUAGACCGCUCGGAGGCUGACAGUCCAGCGUGGUAGGCGACUGCUUUAAUGUUGAGGGGUGAAGCAGAUAGGCUGUUGGCAAGUUCGCUGCAGAUAGCCCUUAGGGGGACGUAUAUAAUUCCCGUCAUUGGCGGGAGAGGCGGCGUUGUGGCUGAUGUAAGCUCUUCGUCGGAGCUUACAUUUGCAGAAGGGGAUGAAAACCGCGCAAUGCGUCGACUGUGAAUCGAACUCAGCCAGCAGAGAAGAUCAUUUAAUUGAUCUGUGUCCGGGAUUGUGGGGUCCAUCGAGCAAUCUUGAAGAUAGCGGACUUCAUAAUGAAUAUUAGGCCGUGCUGAUCCUGUGCUAAAUUUCUUUAGAGUCAUAGGAUCUAAUCCUAGCAGUGAUAUGAUAUCUGAUCGCACACGGGCCGUCGCAGUCGCUGUAAGGGCGGUGAUUGGAACAAAUGGCCUACGUAAUUCUCGCCUAAACCAUGAUAACUCCUUGUAGGCUGGGCGGAAAUCAUGUCCCCAUUCACUGACACAGUGCGCCUCAUCAAUUGCGAUCCGAGCAAGCUCGCCUUGUAGAUGGACUGUUUGAAGAUUCCGUCGAAAGGCAUCAGUCUGACAGUAUUCUGGGGUUACGUAUAGAAGUCGGGUAAUGGGAUGUCCUGAAAGAAGAUCUUUCACAAUCUCCCGCCGUUUAGUGAGGGGGGUUGUAGAAUUGAUCGUUGCAACUGGUAUACCAUUAGCCUCCAGGGCAGCAACUUGAUCCACCUAGUAUGGGCAAAGUAUUGGUUAGGUACGAUGAAGUGGUAUAUAAAUAUAACCUUUCCAUUGCAAACAAACGUACCAUCAACGCGAGAAGGGGCGAAACAACAACCGUGACUGUCAUUGACAGCUUGAUUAGCAAUCUGAUUUCCCCAUGCCCAUAACAAAGAUCUUGAUGACACUCACCUCCAUGGCCAACGAUUGCCGGUAACUGAAAACAUAAGCUCUUCCCGAAAGACGUAGCAGCCUGAAGGAACACAUCAUGACCCGCGAUGGCAGCCUCAAUGACUUCCCGCUGCAGAGGCCUACAUGAUGAGCAGCAGUUAGUUCCUCGAAGCGGUUAAAGCUCAAGACGUCCCUAAUCCACAGAUAAAAUAGCCCCACGCACCUAAAUGCCUUUUUCCCAAAGACGCGUCGCAGCGUGAAGUCAAUGUCUACAGGACGUCGUUUAUUUUGUCGCAGAGACAUCUCUGCUGCCUUUCAACUUAAGAUAAUAUCAUGUUUUUGUGUUGGGAAUAGGUUUUAUAUCGUUUCCCUAGCAGAUAGUUUUG